AUGAAGGCAAUCAAUCAAACAAAAGUGUCGGAGUUUGUACUAAGUGGGUUGUCAGAUGUCCCGUACCUCCAGCUGCCUUUGUUUCUGGUGUUUUUACUCAUAUAUCUGGCAUCGUUGGUUGGGAAUUUACUGAUUGUCCUCCUGAUCUGCCAUGAUCCUCGCCUCCACACGCCCAUGUACCUAUUUCUGAGUAACCUGGCUGGUUUGGAUAUUUUCUAUUCCUCUGUUACCUCUCCAAGAAUGCUCUCGGAUUUAUUUUCCAAAGCCAGGACAAUUACGACUUCUUCCUGUAUCACUCAGUUCUAUUUCUUUUUUUCCUUUAUAUGCAUUGAGCUAUAUUUGCUGGCUGUGAUGUCCUAUGAUAGAUACAUUGCAAUCUGUUACCCUCUACAUUAUAUUCAGAUAAUGCACCCCAAGAUCUGUGCUCAGAUGGUGUCUGUGGCUUGGGUUGUUGGGUUCCUCACCUCAUUAAUUCAUACCCUCUGCAUUCUAAGACUGAAUUUCUGUGGUCCCAAUGUCAUUAACAGCUUCUUCUGCGACCUCCCUCAGUUGUUUCUAUUGUCUUGUAAUGAUACUUUCAUUAAUGUCUUGGUCAUGUUCCUUGUUGGUAUCGUAAUGGGAUCUGGUGCUCUUAGUAUCACCUUUGUGCCCUAUAUCCAGAUAUUUCGCACCAUCAUGGGGAUUCGCUCCCAGACAGGAAAGCUGAAGGCCUUUUCCACAUGUACUUCCCACCUAACGGUAGUUUUCAUCUUCUAUGGGACCCUUAUAUUCACCUACCUGCGUCCUAACCCUACCUCCACUGCUUCAGAAGAUCGUCUUGUGUCCAUCGUCUACACGGUGGUUACGCCGCUCCUCAAUCCCUUGAUUUACAGUCUACGGAACAAAGAUCUCAAGGCAGCACUGAGGAGAAUUUUGUACAGCCUAGGCUUGCAAAAAGUCAAUAUUGAGUGA